AUGGGUACUAUGAUCAAGAUCUUGAAAGCAAUUUUGGCAUACUUUGGCAGUUCAACAUAUGCCAAAGCACAUCUUCGCAUGCAAUUCAAGGGUGGUGAUGGUAAACAUUCUGGUGCCCAUUCACUUGAGAUAAGUUUACCUCAAGUUCGGCAACUGGUGCAAUCUGGCAUCAUCAAAUUGAAGCACAAGGAAGUCCAGAACUUAUUUGCCCACCAGGUGUCCGAAGAUUACCACCGGCUCAAACUUGGGCUGCUACAAUACAUCGGGAUCAUCCAGCCCCUGAUCUGGUCCCUUUGGGCACUUGAAUCAACGCAGGCCAACACUUCCGAUGUGUAUGUAUUCCACCUAGCGAUGGGCGCCGCGCUGCGCAAGCUCUUUGAUCUCAGACAGCAGAAGACCGGCAUUACAAUGGAGCUUGCCGAGGAAGUCAUUGUUAUGAUCACGUUCUGUUGGGCCUUAACGGCGGUCUAUACCGACACGAUCAUCACAAAUAUCGAGCGGCCUCACAAGUCGAGACCACCGUUCCACACAUCCUCCUCGAGUGACCUAGGGAAGAACCUCCUACUCUUGGGGUUACCGAACGAGCAGUUCGUAACAGUCAUGGGCAUAAUCAACGAGUGCUUUGACGCCUUCUUUGAAGACUGCAAGGACUUCCAUAUUACGGUUUUCAUAUUGGAUCCUAGAUACCCACGGUCGGACUUCUUGAUCAACUCUGCAGCCGCCAAUCCUGUCAUUGUGAUUCCCAAACGGGGAUCUGACCUCAAUAUUCCACAUCCUCAUCCAUUCAACCGCAUGAAAGCAUUCCUUCGGGAUAAGAUGCUCAAGCCAAUGGUGGAGCAUAUGGAUACCCAUCCGGAAGGCACGCACCCCGUACUCAAAAGGCUUAGCGGCACCAUGGCCGUUGCAAAAUUCCGGGCCAAGCCCAUCCAAGAUGGCGAUGUUCUGGGCUGGUGGCAGCAAUUCACAAACGAUCCAGAAGCAGACAUUCUUGCGAUGCUUGCUGAGAGAGUCUUCUCCAUUCUCGUGAACUCAAUGCCAGAUGAGUGGACCGGUUCAAGAUUCACUUGGUUCAAUUCGGCGCUGCGGGGACGCCAGCACGCACAGUUGCCCAUGGAUAUGACUGUCAUUGGACAGUGGUAUGGCACCCAUGCGACCAAAGACAAAGUGCCAGAAAAGUGCCCGACCGUCAAGUUCCACGAUCUUGAAGACGAUCUCAAGGCUGCCAUCUCUCGUUCAUCACCCGAGGGCAUCGCUGACAUGGCGGACACUGCCACCUUCACCUUGGAUGGCUCCGAUUCUGAUGACGACUCAGACGACUUGGACCAUGACAUGGAUGGCCGACAGAGAGGACCCCCGUGCCGGGCUUCUGCACUCAAUAUCGUGCAGGAGUUUGCAAUCCGUGAGGAGGCCUUCGCAGAUCUGCUAUCUGAUACUCCAAGGUACACUGCCACGAGCCCCCCACCCCACCCCCCCCUGAAGCCCCCCCCUUCCAUUCCCAGCUCCGAUAUUGACUGGAGCUGGUGA